CUCUCUCUAACCACCAUGCUCGCAAGGCAGCCUCUUUGUCGUCUGCCCUAUGCCCUCGCUAAGGGCGCAGGCAGGAUCGCUCUUAGGCGCACACUCGCAACUCCUUCGGGUCCACCGUCACCAAAUGACCCCUUCGCAAACGGCACAAAUGCCUACUAUGCAGAGGAGAUGUACAAGCACUGGAGACAGGACCCAAAAUCCGUACAUGUUUCUUGGGACGCCUACUUCUCUGGCAUGGAUAAAGGACUUCCUAGUGCCAAGGCUUUCCAGCCCCCUCCUGGCCUCGUUGCGCCCCCCGCUGACGGUGCGCCUGCCCUUCAUGCAGGCAGGGGUGGAGAAUUAGAUGACCACUUAAAAGUUCAACUUCUCGUUCGCGCUUAUCAAGUCCGGGGUCACCACGUUGCCGAACUUGACCCUCUUGGUAUUCUGGACGCAGACCUUGCCGACGUUCAUCCUCCUGAGCUCGAGCUCAGCCGUUAUGGCUUCACGGAGCGGGACCUCGACAAGCAAAUUGCUCUUGGACCCGGUAUCCUGCCUCAUUUCGCCACCGAAGACCGCAAGACCAUGUCUCUUGGAGAGAUCAUCAAGACCCUGAAGCGGAUUUACUGCGGUGCGGUCGGUAUUCAGUACGUUCACAUCCCCGACAAGGAGCAGUGCGACUGGAUUCGGGAACGCGUUGAAAUCCCGAAGCCGUGGAACUACACCGUGGAGGAAAAGCGCAUGAUCUUAGACCGCCUCAUCUGGUCCGAGUCGUUCGAGAAAUUCAUUGCAAGCAAGUACCCCAACGAGAAGCGUUUCGGUUUGGAGGGUUGCGAGGCUUUGAUUCCUGGUAUGAAGGCUCUCAUUGACCGUUCCGUUGACCACGGUGUGAAGCAUGUCACCCUUGGUAUGCCUCACCGUGGCCGUCUUAACGUCCUCGCCAAUGUUAUCCGCAAACCUAUCGAGGCCAUUCUCAACGAGUUUUCUGGUUCCGAAUUGGACGACUCUCCGGCUGGUGAUGUCAAGUACCAUCUCGGCGCCAACUACGUUCGGCCUACUCCUUCCGGGAAGAAGGUCUCCCUUUCCUUAGUCGCCAACCCCUCUCACCUCGAAGCUGAGGACCCCGUUGUCCUGGGUAAGACAAGGGCCAUCCAGCACUUCGAACAGGACGAGUCUAGCCACACUACGGCUAUGGGUGUUCUCCUUCAUGGUGAUGCCGCAUUUGCUGGACAGGGUGUUGUUUACGAGACCAUGGGCUUCCACAACUUGCCUCACUACGGAACCGGCGGAACCAUCCAUCUUAUUGUCAACAACCAAAUUGGUUUCACCACUGAUCCUCGCUUUGCGCGUUCGACUCCCUACCCCUCAGACAUUGCCAAGUCCAUCGACGCCCCCAUCUUCCACGUCAAUGGUGAUAACGUCGAGGCCGUCAACUUCGUCUGUCAGCUGGCAGCGGACUAUCGUGCCAAAUACAAGCGCGACGUCGUCAUCGACAUCGUCUGUUAUCGUCGCUAUGGUCACAAUGAGACGGAUCAACCCAGUUUCACGCAGCCUAGGAUGUACCAAGCCAUCGAGAAGCAGCCCACUCCCCUCACGCAAUAUACCAAGUUCCUUGUGGGCCGUGGAACCUUCACCGAGAAGGACAUUGAGGAGCACAAGAAGUGGGUGUGGGGCAUGCUUGAGAAGGCUGCGGCUGGUGCGAAGGACUAUGUUCCUACUAGCAAGGAAUGGUUGUCUGCGUCAUGGCAAGGUUUCCCGUCUCCCCGACAGCUUGCUGAGGAGACUCUUCCCACCCGUGCCACCGGCUCCGACGAAGCUACUCUAAAGCGCGUCGGCAAAGCCAUCUCGUCCUACCCUCAGGGAUUCACUCCUCAUCGGAAUCUCGCUCGUAUUCUCAGCAACCGUGGCAAGACCGUAGAGGAGGGCCAGAACAUUGACUGGUCUACCGCCGAGGCACUUGCAAUCGGUUCAUUGGCACUUGAAAAGGUUCACGUCCGUGUCUCCGGCCAAGACGUGGAACGUGGGACGUUCUCACAGCGCCAUGCUGUCAUUCAUGAUCAGCAAAACGAGCAGCAGUAUCUUCCCCUGAACAACCUCGGCUCGAACCAGGCUCGCUUUGUCGUCUGCAACUCAUCGCUGUCGGAAUUUGGCGCUCUUGGCUUCGAGCUCGGCUAUUCCUUGGUCUCGCCCGACUCGCUCACCGUCUGGGAGGCGCAGUUCGGUGACUUUGCAAAUAACGCGCAGUGCAUCAUCGAUCAGUUUAUCGCUGCUGGUGAGAGGAAGUGGCUUCAGCGCACUGGCUUGGUGAUGAGCCUGCCGCACGGUUAUGACGGCCAAGGCCCGGAGCAUUCCAGUGGCAGGAUUGAGAGAUUCUUGCAACUUUGUGAUGACCACCCAAACAUCUUCCCGACACCAGAGAAGAUCGAGCGUCAGCACCAGGACUGUAACAUGCAGGUCGUUUACCCAACGACCCCAGCCAACUACUUCCAUGUUCUUCGACGCCAGAUUCAUCGUGACUUCCGCAAACCUCUCAUCCUCUUCUUCUCCAAAUCGCUCCUCCGUCACCCACAAGCCCGCUCGGAGCUGACGGAGAUGAUCGGUGACACUCAAUUCGAGAGAUACAUCCCCGAGUCACAUCCUGACUCCCUUGUUGCGCCUGAGAACAUCAGACGUCACAUCCUGUGCACCGGUCAGGUGUACUACACCCUCCUCCAGGCUCGCGAACAAAGAGGAAUCAAGGACAUUGCUAUCAGCCGCAUUGAGCAGAUUUCGCCAUUCCCGUAUGAUCUUGUCACUCCCCACCUCGAUCAAUAUCCCAAUGCGGAUUUACUUUGGUGUCAAGAGGAGCCAUUGAACAACGGAGCAUGGACAUACGUUGGCCCACGUAUUCUCACCGCUGCCAACGAGACCCAGCACCACAAGGGUAAAUAUCCCCACUAUGCCGGCAGAGAGCCGACCAGCUCUGUGGCAACCGGUAGCAAGACACAACACAAGAAGGAGAUUGAGGCUUUCUUGGAGGCUUCAUUCGCCAACUAAUAAUCGUACAUUUUUAGUGAUACAAGUACUGGCAUCGUGGAAAUAUGUUGACUGAUAUAAUAUAAAUUAUGGCGGCUUACAAUAACA